GCGGCGAUAUUGUACAGAGGAUAGAGAGUUUCUAGUUGUUCGUUGCGAGUUGGCGCGAGAUAUCGAGGAAGACUGAUUUGUGUCGUUCGUUGCACAGAAUCUCGUGCAUAUAUAUUCUUGUUUUACGUGCUUUAAGAUUUUAAUUGUUAAUAUUUUAAUUUAAUUUGAACGAAGAUUAAAUAAUUAUAUUAGCCAAAAUGUUUUGGGGUUUAAUAAUGGAACCGAAUAAACGGUACACACAAGUCGUUGAAAAAUCAUUCCACGUGUCGAUGGCGAGUUUAGACCUCACCACGGCCGAUGAUAAUUUGGUGCAAGUAAUGUUAUGCUAUGACAAUAGGAACUACCUGCUUUGCAGUUUAAAAAAGGGUACAACAUGGCAGGUACCUCUUGAUUUGAAUUUUCAAGAAGGGACUAAAAUAGCAUUCACAUGUAAUGGUCAUGGACAUGUACAUUUAACUGGUUAUGUGAUACUUGACGAGGAUAUGGAUUUAGAUAAAUUGGAAGAGGAAGAAGAGGAAGAAGAAAUAAAACAAUUGCCUGAUAAAAAGUCAAAGAGGAAAUCCGUAGAGUCACCGAAGAAUGAAAAGAGUGUCAAACGUCCUAAACAAGAGAUAGAAGCAGAAUCAUCGGAAGACGAAGAAAUCGACUUGGAUGAUAGUGACUCUGAUGAUUCAGAUGAAGACGCUGAUGAAUCAUUAUUAAUGGAAGAGGUAGAGGAAGAUAGUGAUGUAGAGGAAGAUGAUAACGAAGAGGAAGAAGAACAAAAAAAAGUGAAGUCUCAUCAAAAAGAUAAAAAGAAUAAGCAGCAGCAGCAGCAACAGCAACAGCAACAACAAAAGGGUAGUGGAUUACCAGCAAAAACUGGGAAAUUUGUAUCUGUAUACUAUGUUGGUCGAUUGAAGAAUGGAAAGAAGUUUGACUCAACAACGCAAGGAGAAGGUUUCAAAUUUAGAUUAGGAAAGGGUGAAGUGAUUAAAGGUUGGGACGUUGGUAUUGCAGGCAUGAAAAUUGGAGGAAAACGACGUAUCACAAUACCACCAGCUAUGGCGUAUGGUGCAAGGGGAUCACCACCAGUUAUUCCAGGCAACAGUACACUUGUAUUUGAAGUUGAACUUAGGAAUGUCCAUUAAUAAUUACAUGUAUUUUAUUGACUCGAGUAUUGUUAAGCAAUCUAUAAUGUAUUUUGAAACAAUGAAGAAGGCAUCUCUUUUCUAUUGUCCAUCUUCAGGAUAUCACUCGUAUAAUAUAUUUUGUACUAUGUAAUAUCAUUUAGAUUCUUAUAGUUUAAAUGUGAUGUAUGAAUGUAAGUGAACAUAGCGUAUUGGAUUUUUGAUUAUGAGUAUCCAUAAAAUUUCCGGAAACUAAUCCUAAUUAAAUGUUGAUCUAAUAAAUAGCGUUUACAAAUAAAAUUGUCUACAUUGAGACAAGCCUUGACCUAAUCAUACGAUACAAUAGUUCAAAUAAAAAUAAAUUUUCAAUAUGUGUUAUUGUGCAUUGCCCAUUAGAAUGAUACAAUGGAAUUGAGUGCAUAUUGCUAAACAAUGUCAUUACAAUCUUAUUGUAGAUACAUAAAAUUAUGAGAUAUUAAAAGUCUUAAAUGAAUAUUUCACUCUAUGUACGCUACAUGUAACUUUUUUAUUUAUUAAUCAUGUUUCAUGUUGUACAUUAACUCACAUAAACAGUAACAAUUAAUUUAGAUAAAUCAUGAUACAUGUAUAUAAUUUG